UAAACAAUCAAAUAUUGUUCACCUUUCUUUGUGCAUAUCUCUAGAUAGAUACAUACAUAGAGAGAGAAAGAGAGAGAUAUGGUCUCCAAGGUUCAAAAUCAAAAGACAAGAUCCAUGUUCAACAACCUUCAAUUACUUCAUUCUAUCACACACUUUCAAAGGAGGCAGAAGACACUAGUGUUAUUGGAUGCUUCAGAAUACAUAAAAUUUUUAAAGCAAAGGCUUGAAGAAGAAUGGAAGCAACUAGUAGCAGCCGCAACGAUGCCUAUGCUAAAAGUUGAAGCGCAAGAGGAGAAAUUUAUGAUAAAGGUUGUGAGUGAAAGGAGUUGCAAAGGUUUAUUGGUUUUCAUACUUGAAGCCUUUGAAGAGCUUGGUCUUGAUGUGCUCCAAGCUAGGGUUUCCUGUGCUCAAAACUUCUCUCUAGAAGCAAUUGGAAUCAAAGAUAAGAAUGGUACAUGCCAUUUGGAUGCACAAGUAAUUCAAAAAGUAGUGUCCCAAGCUAUUCAAAAUUGGAGUGAAGUCACACACCAACAAUGAUCCCUGCUUGUACCACUUUGUUUCGUCCUCUCAAAUUCGUUCAGAUGUUUACCUUUCUGAAUUAUUUUGGUAUAUUAUUAUUGCAAGAAAAUUGCCAGUUUUCCUUAAUUAGAUAUAAUUAGAUAUAGUCUCUCCGAUCCCUUGACUUAAUGGGAUUAGAGAGAUUAUGUAAGUUAUUUCCUCUAAAAUGUAUGUGAAGAAUGUUCUAGAUUUCUAGUGUAUGUUAUAUAUAAAAGGUAUUGACAAAUAAAAUUAAC